AUGGAGUCCGACAAUGCCGCUUCCACGACAAACACCAAGUCGGUAGGCCAUCAGAAAGGAGCCCUGGUGCGGCUCCCUUCGGAGAUUCUCUAUCAAAUUCUCUCCCAUCUGCCGUGCCAGUCACUUGUCUCGGUCUCUCGCAGCUGUCGUCGAUUACGAGGGCUGGCCUCCAACGACUUUCUCUGGGCGAACCUCCUUCGCCCGAAUAUCCCAGCCCAAGACUUUCCCUCGGACCCGUACCCUUCAUCAUCCUUUCGCGAUUUGUACAUUAUGCAUCACCCCUACUGGUUCGUCCCUCGAAAUAAGAUAUGGAUCUCUGACGAACCGCAUAUCGGUCGCGUGAUGAUCUGCCGUUUCGACCCGCGGCGAGGCUGUAUUGAGGGCUAUCGACUGCUAGCCGAGAGGACUCCAUCCAUGGGUAUCCUCUGGCCUUAUGAACCUGGCGUGGUGAUUCACAACUUUAAUCCACGUGUACAUCUCUGGCUGGACGACCCGAUCCUCAAACUGCCACAUGACAUUGUUCCCUUCAAUACUCGUCAGGGCUGGUGGGGAGCCGAGAUCAAGAUGACAGUUGGGCGGCCUGGACAUAACACAUCCGCCUCAUUCUUUCUGAGCAGAGACAUUCCUCCACAUUUGCAGAACAAGUCCAUGACUUUGUGGCCACCAAGUACAAUUCCUAAUAUGCCUCGGGUGCGUGCCGCCAGCCUUGAUAACUUCCGAGGAUCGGGGCAUAAACCGCAGAAACACGAUCAGAUCUCGCAAACCACCUUUCGUUUGAGGCACUGGAGUCAAUUCUCAACAGGCAGGGCGCUCUUCGGGAUCCGGAUAGGCGAAGAAGUCUCUACGUGGAGCACCAUCGACCCUGCGCUGUACACGCCGACGAAGGAAAAGCCUUACCAAGGUAUUUUCGUGGGCGAUUAUGCAGGCCACGGUUGCGAAUUCUUGCUGGUCAUACAAUCGGACAAAGGGCCCGAAAUCCCUGAACAUCGACCUACAGACGCCCAUCUAAGAGGACUCAUUGGGUUGCCUCCUGAGGGCGAGGAGGCCGAACCGGAAGCACCGGUGCGUGCUCAGCAAACAGCCGAACAACUGUCUCAAUACCAGCGUGACAUGAUGGCAAUGCACGAAGACGAAGGCAUAUACAAGGGCUCCAUCAUGGCGGUCAAACUCACGGGAGAUCCGCAUGUCCCAAGAGGAGAGUACACCUUCGUGGCGGACGACAUCGGCCCUGGCGGACUGAUCAGGAUCGCAGAGGAACACCCGUUCAGAGGCUCGAGGGUGGUGAAAAGUAAAGGUCACGUCGCCGCUAGGGGAUUCCAGAAUGACGAGUACAUUCCCUCUCAGCUCAUCAUGAUUUCUCCCAAUAAACUGGCUCAGUACUGGGUGCCCUACGGCCAUAUCUCCUUCUACCAGAGGAUCGAUCUCGACCGGCUGAUCGACGCCACGUUUCGACGGGCCCACGAGUAA